GCCAUUGUAGUUAAACCGGUAGAAAAGUUCAACCUUGGUCUUACUUCACUAACCACAGUUAACCAAGGUAUUUUCUGUAAAAACUGGUUACACAAAUGCAAAUCAGUGGGUCGGAAAAAGUUAAAGGUUACAACACCGUUAUUAUAAUACAGCCAUUGUUAGUGUUCAGAGGGGAAAUAUAACAAUCUCUUAAUUUCAUAACUUGACCAUCAUAUAAAGAGGCAUAUUUAUAUUUGCAUGUCUGUUGUACAAAUUCAAGACUAAUCAAACAUGGUUAAAAUGAAUUAAAAAUGUAUUUAUACAAAACAUUUAGCUGCAAAUGAAAGCUUUGAAAUGUGCAAAUAGUCGAGUCAUCAUUGGAAACAAUGUGUAUUAUUUUGGCACACACACAUACACAGUUACCUUUAUGGGAAUUUCCCAUGAAAGUAAUUUUACACUACCAACUUCUAUCAAUGUCAUCCAACCUUCACAGGAAAUGAUCAGCAUUUUACAUGUUCAAAAUAUUUAAUUACAGUAUGUGUAAUUUAUGAGCCCUUUUAUUCAUGGGGACCAAAAUGUCCCCAUGAAGAUACCCCUAAGGUACAUACACUACUGCCCUUUACAUUUUGGGACAAAAACAAAAUAUAUUAAAACAAGGAUUCCUAAAAAUUAAUUUCUAUGAUGAACUUCUCCGGUGUUUUCCCAGAUAUUCACAAGCUAUUUUAGCGCGGUAUGUUUCAGGACAAUGUGCGGUGGUUGACCUACUUCCUAAUCCAAUCUAGAUUUUUCAUCUUUGAUAUUCAUACAGGACGGCACCUCAAGUGGAAGAUUCGUCCAAGAGAUAGUACAACAAAAUCACACUAAACCAGUAAGCCAUUACCGACUAUGGGCAGAUAAACUUAAACAAUAGAACCUUUUAUAUAUGUAGGAGCACAUAUUUACGUAUGAGGAAGCUAGGCAAAUGAAGUGUGCCAGUCUUCCUGACGCAGUGAAUGUGUGAUGUUAUGUAGCUUUGAAAACGGAAAGCCAGGUGUAUCGGAUUUGUGUAGAGAAGGAGAUGCUCACAAUGGAGCAAAUAGAGGCAGCCAUGUACCAGAAGAUGAAGAAGUCGGACAGACUAAACGAGGAGAAAAUGGAAGGAUUCACCAUGGAGGGAGGUCAGAAAGAGCAGAUCCUCCAGUGGUUUGUGGAGACUCAGGCUAUGUUCAUCCUGUCUGAUGGAAACUUUCCACGCUGGUUCCAAGGUUUCAUCUCCAGACAGGAAGCAGAAGAUCAGCUCAGAGACAGGGAUGUUGGAUGCUUCCUUAUCAGACUCAGCGAGAAAGCCAUUGGAUAUAUUCUUUCAUACAAAGGUCAGGAUCGUUGUCGGCAUUUUGUCAUAAAUCAAACGAAAACUGGCCUGUUUGUCGUUUCUGGUGAUUCUACCACUCAUAACAGUCUCGCAGAGCUGAUUGACCACUUUAAAAUCACACCGAUCCAGCCUUUUGGAGAGUACCUGACUUCAUACAGCACUGAGAUGGACACCGUGGAAGAGGAUGAUGGAAACGAGCUUUAUGAUGUGGUUCAAAAUAGUCCCAUAGUUACAUCAGGAGUGAGUGUAAAGGCUCUAACAAGUUUAUGGGAACAAGCUACCAACUGCCCACACAACAUGGCUCCUGUCCUGCCUUCUAAAAGCAAUCGGAAGCUCACAACCUCCACCUCUAUUGACAGGAACAGCCUGUCUCAGGCAAUGAAAAUCCCAUCUCUGCCAAAGAAAAACGCACCACUUCGGAAUUCUUUAAGCGCUGGUCUUCCUGGUACUAAUCCUUCACAUGAACAACACAGCAUUACAGAAUCAAGGACAUCUGAGCACUACAGCUCUCAGUUAUGGCCUACCCAUCAUGAAAACGGUCAGUCUUUAACUUCUAACUCCUAUAAUCCUACGCCCUCCAUGCCUCAACAACCUCCUCCAGCUCCAUUGAUGACAGCCUCCUGUUCUUACGCUGUUCUUGACCCUAAAAAAAUGCAUUCUGGAGCUGGUCGAAUGGCGAAUAUGGAAGAAACAGAACUACAGCCCAAUCCACUCUAUCAGGCCUCAACUGUUGCGUACGCUGGGCUGAAGAAUCAACCUGAGGUUGAGUAUGACAACCGUGCAAAUCCCAAUGACAACGUCCUUUUGGCAGAAAAUCUUUAUCAAGACGUACCUGAAGAGCGUGACUACAAUACCUAUGAACACGUACCUGAGAGCAACACCUACGAGGACAUCCCAGUGAAAGUCAGCAACAUGUACGCAAGCCUAGAUGAGAUUCAGACCCAAACACCGAACACGUUGGGGAAGAAGAAUCAUAAGUGGUGGAAACUUCGUCUGGAGAACAAGAAGUGACAGUCCUUAUGAUAUUUGAAGGGCGCCACAUUAACCCAUAAGCUGAGAAAAUAAUGUAUUGUAUUAUUGUUUGCAAAGCAUUUAACUUCCUAAUAUUCAUGUUGGACUGUACAUUAUAUAAAUAACUUCAGUGUGGGAUCACAACGUGAUGAAUAUAAUGCAAGGACAUUGGCACAAUGAGUUGAUUAUGAUUUUAAAAAUGUAUUUGAAUAACUACUCUGAUUGUAUCUAUUGUUAUCAUUGCACUUCCUGCUUUCCACUCAAUGCAGUUUCACCUUCGGUUUGUGUAAAUACAGUCCAGCAGGUCCAUUCCAUUUCUUCAAUGCAAUACAUGUCAUUUAUUUCCAGGACGGCCUCCUUUCUGGUCAACCAGCCUGCUCCUUCCUUCACUGAAGAUAGAAAACAUGUACACAAGUCAUAAAAAGGAGAAAAAACUAAGCUAAAAUCCUCAACCACUCCGUUAAAAUGUGAUUGAUAACCCUUUCCCGUCACAAAUGAUUCAUUACACUGGAACAUGUAUUUUGUUAUGAAACAUUUAUGAACUCAUUUUAAAAAAGGGGUUUGUAAAUAUAAACAGUUUAAAGAGAAUCAUUUAAGCAAAUAAAAAGUACCUGAACCUGAGCCUAUGUCAGCUUUUUAAACAGUUGAAAUAAACAAUAUUGCAUUUUAAAAUUCA